AUGUCACCACCUUCCUCCUCCUCAUAUUCACUCUUCCUUUACUCUCUUUCCAAACCCCACAUUCCUUUACUCCACUUCACUUUCAACCAUGGCAGAACCCCACCAACAACACCAAACUGCGAAGGGAAGGGAAACUCUCCCACUUCCAAUGUUUGCCGCCCUCAUCCUCACCGCCACUGUGGUAGGCCUCACCGUCCUCACUCCACUCUUCGUUCUCUUCAGCCCAGUGUUGCUCCCCGCCGCCCUAGUCAUCUCUCUAACUAUCGCCCGCCUUCGGCAUUACCUCACUCUCUUCCUUUGCAUGGCUGGCCAUGUUUCUCCGCCCCAUACGCUGGCCCGAACGUGUUCACCCUGAUAAGGCGCCGGCGGUAG